AUGGCAGAUAGGAGCGCGCAAGGAAUGCCUCCUCCUCCUCUCAUGUCAGACGAUACCAACACUUCAUCAGAAUCAUCAUCCUUCUCGUCUUCCUUCCCGCAUGUCCCGGGAGAGACGCUAUUCCUCCCAUUCUACAACGAAUCCCUGUGGGAAAAGGUUCGUAAUUCCCUCCUACCGUUUCCGAAGGACUUGGACGAGCUUACUAAGGCCAUGCAAGCUUAUAUUCCGGGCAUUUCUCAGCUUCGCGGGCUUCAGGCAGCGAUCGAUGGAGUAGGAGGAGGGCCAGCUUGCGAGAAUUUCUUUACGGAGACUCUGCCGGAUAUCAUUCAGUCGGCGCUGAAACUGCAGGAGGUCAUGAAGAGUUGCAACAUUGAUCGCAUCCCCCUCCUCAAAGACAUCAAGACUACAACCAGCGCUGUUUUCAAAGUCGUCUUGCCUCGUGUGCUCGUCAGAUCCCUCAUGGCAAACAUGUUUCUGUGCACGUUCCAAGAGCAGCGGGGGAUGGAGGAGCCCAUGCCUACCUGCACCUUCCAGGUUCUGCUGAGGAACACCUCAGUGCAGGAAUGCGCAAAGUUGAGAAUGUUCAUCCACUACUUCGAGCGAACAAAGAGCGGACAUGUUCCUGGUUGUGUCACGAUCAUACGACAGAAGAUCUACCUUGACGGGAUGAUCCUGGAGAACAGCAAUAAGCCUCUCCUUGGCAUUUCUGUUGCUCCAGCUGGAGUUGGGUUCGAGGACGAUGACAAUGGGAAGGAUUGUCUGCAUGCCGACUUUGCGAACAUGUACAUUGGAGGAGGGGUGUUGACAGGAGGCUGUGUUCAGGAGGAGAUUCGUUUCUCGAUCUGCCCCGAACUGAUCAUAUCCUGCCUGACAUGCAGCGUCUUGAAUCUUGGAGAGGCAAUACAAAUCCUCGGAGCAGAGCAGGUUGGAUAUUUCAUCAAGUACUCACAAGAGUCUUACAAGCUCUUGUUUCAGUUCUCUUCAUACUCGGGCUAUGGGUUUGGUUUAAGGUUCGCCGGCCCGUUUGUGGACAAUCAAAGGCAGGCAGAUGACGGUACCAUCCUUCGGGGAAUAUUUGCCAUGGAUGCGUAUGAUGGGCGGCGAAGAGACUUCAACAUAAGGGAAGCCAUGAUGCUCAGGGAGAUCAACAAGGCCGCGGCAGGGUUUUCUCUCAUGGAUGACUCUGUGAAGCAAUUCUCCGUCUUGGCAACCGGCAACUGGGGAUGCGGCGUGUUUGGCGGGUUUGCUCCUCUGAAGGCGCUCCUGCAGUGGCUCGCGUCUUCCCAUGUGGGAGUAUGCAUACGAUAUUUCCCUUACAACGAGGAUUUUGGACCAGCCCUGCAGAAGCUGAGCGCGACGCUGACUAGUCGGAGAUGUACCGUAGGUGACCUCUGGAAGGGUCUUGGAAGGCUGUCAAAAAGGAUGAGCUUGAAGGGAGACGGGGCUGUGAUGGAGAGGAUGGGGACAUCGGGCUAA